AUGGGCGAUAGGUUCGUUACUUCCUUGUGGGAAGUCCAUGAAAUAUUUCCUUUAAUCUCUUGUGUCUGUACUUUAUUUGCAGGAAUAGUCAAACGACCAGACAUCUCUAAAUGGCCUAAGCCCCCAUGUAAAAUGUAUUACCCAGUGGGUCCCCAUUAUGAACCAGACUGUCCUGAUGUCACAUCUUAUGUUUGCGCUACAAAUGGCCACACUUACCAGAAUGAGUGUUUCCUUUGUGUUGAUCGGUGGGAAUUUGGUCCUCGUAUUAAAUUUUAUAAAUACGGAAAAUGUGAUAGUCAUUAACAGAAUACUACACUUGCUUUCUUCAGUACUUAAUUUUGGAAAGAAUUUAUUUUGGACUUUGAGGGUAUUUAAUAAAUAACACACCUCUAUGCUGCACCCAAAUUUGGAAUGAAAUCAGAAACAAAGGAAUCAAACCAAUGGAGAACUAAAUAUCACAUUUAUUACAAAUAAACAUAAUAAUGCAGGAGGUGGUAGAUACUCAUCUCUGUGUACUGAUUGUUUAAAGUCAGCUUUCAUAUUGCUUGAGUCUAAGGACUCUUAUCAAGUGGGCUUAUUAACACUCCACUAAAUUAGACUUGCCCCAAACUGCAGGCUUACCUGCAAGGCCGGACCCUGCCCCGCUAAUCUCACUCAAAGACAUGAGUGAAAGAGAAAAUGUGUCACCCCCACCCCCUCCCUGCCACACAUACACGGCUGUUUGAGGCUUUCCACCUCAUAUUCAUGAAUGAAACACACCUUCACUAGGAGAAUGUGUCCACAAGCUAUUGGGAGGACUAUGAAGGAGAGUCCAUAGUUGUUAGGGGAGAAAAAUGUUUCCGAGAGGGUGGGAGAGGGGAGGAGAUACGACAUACUGACUCCGACUCCAUCUCAUCGUUACUAUUAAAUUGUUCUGUAAAUUCCUUUUUCUUUCUCCCUUAAUUUGGUUUAUGAUCUGUCACUUAUAACUAAAAGAUGUUGACUAACAACGGGAAAUAAAUCCUUUCUUACAUUGCA